AUGACCAAGGGCAAGUCUAACGUGGUCAGCCGACCCGAAGGAAAGGUCCUGAACUUCGACCAUCUGGUCUUCUGGGUUGGCAAUGCCAAAGCGAUAGCGAGUUACUUCGUGACCCGUCUCGGGUUCAGUCCGCUAGCGGUCCAGGACCCUAGUGAAGAGAGACCGGUUGUGUCCCAUGCCGUUCGACUUAAUCAGAUAACCCUUGUCUUCGAAUCACCAACCACAUCCAGCAGUGAACUAGCCAAGGACUUGGCGGCUCAUGGUGACUUCGUGAAAGACGUUGCCUUUGAAGUCCACAACUUAGAUGAGCUGGUGCGCCGCGCGAAAGAAGGGGGUGCCAUGGUGGUGAAAGGUAUCACGGAGAAGGCUGAUGAGAAUGGAUCUGUUAGAUAUGCUGUUUUGAGAACAUACGGCGACAACACGCACACUCUGAUAGAUCGGUCAAAUUAUUCUGGAACAUUGUUACCAGGAUACAAAGCAGUGGGAGACGAUGAAAUCAAUCAAUUUUUGCCACCAACAAACCUGAGGUUUAUUGACCACGUCGAAGGCAAUAUGGCUGACGGGACACUAGAGGAAUCCGUGGCCUGGUAUGAAAAGAACUUGAACCUGCAAAGAUUCUGGUGUGUGGACUACAAGCAUGAUCUGGUUCCAUACUCCAGCAUCAACUCUGCGUCAGUCAUUAACAAUGAUGAGACAGUUCUUCUAUCAAUGAACGAAGCGGCAAAAGGUAUACGGCCAACAAGCAAAGCCAGCGAAUUCGUAAAAGCGCUGGGCACGGCGGGAGUCGAGCAUAUAGCGCUUUACACCGAUGACAUAGUGGCUACGAUGAAAAGCCUUAAAGCCCGCGGCGCGGACAUCCUCACCUGGCCUUCCACCUACUACGAUCUUAUCCGGGAGAAACUCCAGACUUCAUCCCUGAAGGUCAGCGAGGGAAUCGACGCCUUGCAGGAGAACAAUAUUUUGAUAGACUUCGACGAGAGAGGGUACAUGAUGCAAGCCUUCACCAAACAUGUCCAGGCCAGGCCUACGGUUUUCAUAGAGAUUUUGCAGAGGAAGAACCAUAGAGGUUUCGGCGCCAUGAACUACAAGUGGGUGUUUGAAGCGAUUGAGCGGUUGGAGGCUUCGAAAGUGACCAUCCAAGAAGAGAAAAAGGAAAAGGGGAAGAACAUUAAAAAAGAAAAGAAUGACGAAGUGAAGCCGAAAGCUGAGGCUUGACCUAAAAUAGAAGCAAUAUUUGAAGAUUCAGCGAGGUCAUUAUCAAACAUUGUACUGUUAUUUGAAAAGAAUCAUCCUGUCCUGUAUCUUCUUGGAGCCGUGUGGUUCACAAUAUCAAUAAAAAAAAAUAGGACCACUCCAUCUCUUUCUCAUGGAUGUCGUAAAAGGCGACUCAAUUCUAUCAUUAAGCUAAACAGCUGACGUGGCCUAUCAGUCUUUUAGAAACUGUUGGGUCUGUCUACCGCGCAAGGAAUAUAGACGAGUAAGUAUAAUAUGUGUGUAUCUUACAUACAUACAUAAAAUCACGCCUCUUUCCCGGAGGGGUAGGCAGAGACUACCUCUUUCCACUUGCCUAUGUAUGUAUCUUCUUGUAGAUUAUUGUGGAUAAAGUGGUUUUAUUAUUGGUUACACGUUGGUCACUAAAUCGAUGUUUGUAGGUAAUCUACACGGC